AUGAAGCUCUUCAGAAAGGAUGAUAUCUCCACCAAGAAGGACAAGGACAAAGAGAUCCAGUAUGAAGAGCCGCCAGAUGGAGGAUGGGGCUGGCUGGUGGUGCUCCAUUGUUUCCUGGUUAAUGUCCUAGUGAUGGGAACAUUGAAAACCUUUGGUAUCUUCUUCUUGGCAUUCCAAGAUGAGUUUGGAGGCUCGGCAGAAAGCAUCAGCUGGAUCGGUUCAAUCAUGUCCAGUUUGCGUCUCUCUGGAGCGCCCAUCGCCUCAGUAGCCUGUGCCAAGGUAGGAACCAGAGUGACAUCCAUUACGGGGGCCGUACUGGUCAGCAGUGGCUUCCUCAUCAGUAUUUUUGCCAACAGCGUGGUGUUCCUCUACAUCAGCAUGGGAGUCAUUGUAGGAAUGGGUUUUGCUCUACUGUACCAAUCCUUCUCUGUGGUCACGGCGCUCUACUUCCGGAAAAAGUUAGCGACAGCGUAUUCCAUUGGACGCUCCGGGAUGGGACUAACGUUUGCCCUGGCUCCCUUCACGCAGCUGCUGCUGGACCAGUACGCUUGGCAAGGUGCAUUGCUGAUCCUGGGCGGUCUGAUGCUGAACCUGGUGGCCACGGGGAUGCUCCUUCGGCCCAUUCAAGUCAAACCCCCAACGUCCCGCUGUGCUUCUCCCAGCCAGAAGAGUCCAGCCGUGUCCCUCAAGAGCUCCUUGGAGAAGGAAAACUCCAAAAACUGCCUGAACGGCUCCUCACAUUUAUCCAAUGGCAUCUCGAAAUCAGACUCCCUUCUGUCUUCUCCUCUUGAGGAGUUGCAGUGCACUCAGGAAACCAAGGAGCAAUUGGAGAACCUUGAACUGAAAAUGGUUCGCAAAAACCACGAAGCCCACCAUGACAUGGGUCCGUGUAAGCCCGCCGCUGAUGGCUCUCAGGAGCUCAAUGGCAUCUCGAAUGGGUCCACCCCGGUCGGACCCGCCUCUGUGCAAGUCAGCACGCCGAGCGAGGAAAAUGUCCAUAAAACCAAAGUACUCGAUUUUUCCUUACUCAAGGACCCAUUCUUUUGCAUCUAUACGUGGUCUUUGGUAUUCAGCCAGCUGGCCUACUUCAUCCCCUAUUUCCACCUGUCUGCUCGAGCCAGAACCCUGGGCAUUGAUCCCAUGGAUGCUUCCUUUAUCAUCUCAGUGGCAGGCAUCACAGAAACCAUCGCCCAGCUGGCCUCGGGCUGGGUGACAGACCGGAAUCUGUUCCAUAAGUAUCAUUACCACAAGGCCUACCUGAUCCUCUGUGGCCUGGUCAACCUGCUCUCCCCACUCGCCACCUCAUAUAUCCUGCUCAUGGUCUAUGCCGUCUUCUUUGCCAUCUUCUGUGGUGGCUACAUGGCUCUGCUGCUACCUGUUCUGGUGGAUCUGGUAGGGGCGGAAAAACUCAACAACUCUAUGGGCUUCUCGAUGUUCUUUGUGGGUCUGGGUUGCCUCACUGGUCCUCCUUUGGCAGGCUUCCUCUACGACUACACACAGACCUAUGACUGUUCGUUUUACCUGGCGGGUCUCUGCUACUUGCUCUCCUCUCUGUCGCUCUUCAUGGAGCCACUUGCCCAACGCUGGAGAGCCAGACAGAACAAAGCGUGCCAGGCCAAGGCAGCGCAGAGCGGCUGUAGGACCAAUGGCUGCUUCGCUCCGGACCGCCAGCACAAUGGACUCGUGUAA